UCGUUCAUCACAUGACCCACAGUGCAGAGAGAAAGUGCGCAUUCAGCGAGCAGAUAGAGAGAAAGAGAGAAGAGGCAGAAAGAUUGGCGUACUCGAUGUACUGCAAGGUUUGGCCUCGAGUAAGAGCGAGUUGACCGUGUUUCGCACGCAGUGGCAUGCAAGAAACGGUUCAUAGUGUUGACUGUUGAGAGAGUGUGUGUGUGUGAUCAUUUCUGGAAAAGAGCGAGCCGUUAGUUCAGCACAGCGAUUUGCAGUACUCUGACGAAAUCUCAUUGGCGUUUCAUUCACAAAAAUGUCGGGACUUAUUGUUGGCCUGAUUGUCGUAUCCUGUUGGUUGCCAGUAUGCCUGAGUCUAAGCUGCCACUGCAACUUCUGCGAAGGCGGCGUCUGCACACCCGAGGGGAAUGGACGCUGUUUCACCCGCUCCCGCACCGACCGCAACGACCAGAUCAACACCAACUGGGGCUGCAUCAACGAGGAGAAUCUCAUGCCGCCCCAACGGCCCUUCCUCUGCGAGGGCAAUUACGUAAAACCGCACCUGAACACGGUUAAGUGCUGUAAGGAGGAUUUCUGCAAUCCGCGCCACCAUUUGAUCCAUCAGCCUACCCCCGGCCCCGUUAACACUACCACGCCCCUGGCGCUGAUCGACAACCCCGACACCCGCGCGGUGUUCAUCGCUGCCGUGGCCGUCAUCGCGGUGGUAGGGGUGCUGCUGGCGGUGGGGGUGCCGUUCUUCAUCAUCCAGCGACGGCGCCGCAAGAGGAGGAUCAUGGGCGGCCAGCGCGUGGGGGAGAGCGAUAAGCUGAUCGAGGGGGGCUCCAGUGGGGGCGACCAGUUGGCCUUCUCCGGGUCGGGAUCGGGAUUGCCGCUGCUGAGCCAGAGGACAGUGGCUCGCCAGAUUACCCUGUCGACGGCGGUGGGGAAGGGGCGCUUUGGGGAGGUGUGGUUGGGCAGCUGGCAUGGAGAGAGGGUGGCGGUCAAGAUCUUCAGCUCGCGUGACGACAAAUCGUGGAGUCGGGAGACCGAGAUAUACAACACAACGAUGCUGCGCCAUGAGAAUCUCCUGGGUUUUAUCGCCUCGGACAACAAAGACACAGGGAUGCUGACGCAGCUGUGGCUGAUCACCGAGUACCAUGAGCGCGGUUCCCUCUUCGACUAUCUGUCGGAGAACCGGGUGGCGGACGCCGCGGCGCUACUGCGCCUGACCUAUUCGCUGGCGAACGGACUGGCCCAUCUGCACAUGGAGAUCGUCGGUACCCAAGGUAAACCGGCCAUUGCCCAUCGCGACAUCAAGAGCAAGAACGUCCUCGUUAAGCGCAAUGGACAAUGUGCGCUGGCCGACUUGGGACUGGCGGUGCGUUUUGAUUCCCUCACGGGACUCAUCGAUAUCCCAACGAACGACAAGGUGGGCACGAACCGCUAUCUGGCGCCGGAAGUCCUGAGCGACGCCAUUAAUACCAAGAACUUUGAAGCCUUCAAGGCUGCGGACCUGUACGCCAUGGGUCUGGUCUUCUGGGAGAUUUGCCGGCGGUACAGUCCGCGGGAGCAGGACUCAGUGGACGACUACCAGCUGCCGUACUUCGACAUGCUGCCCUCGGAACCCAGCGUGGAGGAGGUGGCUGCCGUAGUGUGUGAGAAGCGCAUGCGGCCCGGCAUCGAGGCAUGGCUGAACGCUGAGACGGCGGAGGACGAGGCACUGUCGCUGCUGACGCGGGUGAUGCGAGAGUGCUGGUACGAGAACCCCAUGGCCCGGCUGACGGCGCUGCGGGUCAAGAAGACUCUGGGUAGUAUGAUGGAGGCACGGGAUAUCCGCUGACCGGCUCCGAGGGUGAGCGGAGGGGAAAAAUAUACGCACAGACAGGCCAAAGUGGAACGGGAAAGUGGACGGCGUGCUUGCGCUUCAGCGGAAGAAAGUGCGCGAGGGAUUGCCUAAGAGUGGAUGUGUACAGUGAGCGGGACGUUAUUAGCUAAAUAUAGUAUUUGACGGUUGGUUUUUACUGGCUUUUGUUUCUUCUCUCUCGUUGUUGAUGGUAUUUUGUUUUAGUAUUAUUUGUGUUGACGUGCACAUGUACUUUGUUUUGUUUCGGCUAUCGUGUUCGGUUGUUAUUUUGUUGUUUCUAUCUGGGAUGCAUUUUAUGGUGUUCCGAUAAUCCCAUUAUCGAGUAUGUACAAAUUAUCAUGCCUUUAAUAAUUCUGUUAAUAAAUUUAACCCUUUGA